CUGCAGGUUAAAGAAGACAAAAGAAUAGUAAGAAGCGAUUUUGACAGAAUCUAUAGAGAGGAUUGGUGGCCAUUAAGUUUUUUAAGUCUAAACGAUUACGACGUCAACAUUACCUAUUCUGUAUUCCUGGAGUGUUUAAAAUGGCGGAAAUCGUUUAAUAUACACAAUAUCAGUUUGCUGGAACUAAGGUCGUUGUUCAUGAAAAAGGCGAUGUAUUUACACGGUGAAGAUCUUCAAGGCAGGCGAAUACUAUGGAUCAACUUGAAACAAAUUGAGGCGACUGAGCGAAAUUUCACUAAACUGCUAAUAUACUGGUUGGAAAGAAAUGCAACAGAAACAUGUGGUGCGCCACUGCAGUUUUUGUUUGACAUGUCAGGUAGCGGCUUACAAAACCUGGAAGUAGAAGCUGUGAAAUUUGCCCUCCAUGCGUGCAAGUAUUACUUUCCUGGCUGUAUGGGUGGGCUGUUAGUUUAUGAAUGUCCUCCAAUAUUUGAUGCUUUAUGUAAAUUAGUGUUAUCAUGGAUUGAUAUACGAGCGCAUUGUCGUCUUCGUCGAAUUACCCGAGAUACAGUUACUAAAUACGUCUCACCAGAAAACUUACCGUUUCAUAUGGGUGGAAAGGUUUGGUAUUUUUUUCCGAUUUUUUGUAAUUCUUCAACGGAUAAAAUAUUUGAAAUUGGUUGGAUUUCUAAGGAUAUCUUUUGA